UGACACAGCUGCCUUACAGAACCAGCGGCAAUUUCAAGAAACCUGUGGAGUACUCUUUUACAGCUGACUCUACAAGAAGAGCUUUCUCAUCCCACUUCAAUAUCACAGAAUUACAGGAGCCAAAAUGCAAUUGACCAUCCAGUCCUUCCUCUCUUGCUGUCUGCUGGUGACAGUAGCACACUGUGUGGAACUUGAAGUGAAUCCAGAGUGGAAAAAAAGGCUAAGCAUAUGGCUAGGGAGCAGAUUGAGACGGGAUCUUGACAGUGCAUCAGUAGGGAAGAACGCAGAGUCUGAGUACUUUGUCAGACCAGAAGACAUCAGGGAUACUUUGCUGCCACAUUCAAGCACUGACAUCAAUGUCCGAACCAAGAGGUCUAAAAACUCAGCCAACCAGUCAAGAAGACCAGGUUGUCGACUGGGCACCUGCUCAGUGCACGACCUUGCGCACCGCCUGCACGAGCUCAAUAAGAAGAACGAAAUUGCCCCUGUUCACAAGAUCAGUCCGCAGGGAUACGGCCGGAGGCGUCGGUCACUUCCAGCGCACAGAGUCACGCUGAGGCUAGAGCAGGGCAGGCUGAGGCCCGAUUGGAGCAUUAAUGACUCACAAGUUCACAAGCUCGAGGCUUUCCUCAGACAGACAUGAGCGGGACUUCGCAAGAGAAGUUGGGAACAAAAACAUGGGAGUCAGCGUCCUCUUUAUGUUCAAAAAUUCUCGAAAUGCCUCUGACGUCUGCCAAGUAUUUCCCAGCACAUUUUUUCAAGGCAUGAGAACUGAGUCAGAGCAAGACUGACUGCACUGAGUUUCUCCAAAGGCUGAGCCUUGCAGCUCAGCAAUGCAGUGCGUGCAAACAACUAGCAGCUGGCGUAGACACUGGAUGGCACAGCAGGGUGAGAACUACGCGUGCUGCACUGCUCGGCAAGGGGAAAUAAAGAGUGCUAAUACCUGGAAAAGUGAACACAUCCUCUAGCUUGAAGAGGGAACUCUGUUCUAACAUUC